AUGAGACAAGGUCCUCCUCCUCCACAACAGCAGCAUAUGUAUGGUGUACCUCCGCCACAUUCUAAUGAUAUUCCAAUAUCCUUGAAGAAUGGACAGUUGUACCAUAUGCAACAACAGCAACCGAACAAUGUUGGUAAUGUUAAUUCAGGAAUGGGAAUGCCCCAAUCGAUGCAAUUGUAUCAGCAGCAGCAGGUGCCGACACCAUUUCAGCCAAUUCAAGAACAGCAGCAACAACAACAACAACAACAACAACAACAACAACAACAACAGCAUAUGUAUUUAUCGGGCCUUGUUCAACAACAAGAUCAGAAUAUUCAACAGCAACAGCAUUCUCUUCCUCCUCCACCUCCUCCUCAACAACAACAACAACAACAACCUAUAUACAACAAUCAUCCACAACAACAACAACCAUCACAGCAGCAGCAGCAGCAGAUUGCAAUGCCGAUUUAUAAUCAGGUUCCACCUGGUAAUCCCAUACCGUCUUCGCAGUACCCAGUACAAACCAAUGUUAUGAACCUCAAUAGAGUGCCUAUCAAUGCUUACGCAGCACAGAUUUCCGAAUACAUGAUAGAAGACGAGUAUGGUGAUAAUAUUAAUCAUAAUAUCAAUGGCCACGAGUUACCACUCAAUUAUAACAAUAGUACAAAUCCCAAUGGUCCCAUGAUCAAUGGUCUUUUAAAUAUUCCAAAUUCUAAAGCAUUGAGAAAUUCUAAAAGAGCAGUCCAGAAUCGUAACGCUCAAAAAGCCUUUCGUAUGAGGAAAGAAAGAUAUAUACGACUUCUUGAAAAUAAAUCACGCAAAUUCGAUGAAUUGAUGAAGGAAGUACAACGAUUAAAGCUUGAAAAUAUGAAUUUAAAGAAUAGAAUAUGGGAAUUAGAAGGAAAAUUGAAAGCUUAUACACAGGAAACAGAGACACCUGUACCGAUAGUGACAACAACUGAUAUAGCUACAGAUAAAGUACCUCAAUCCAUUCAGGAUAAAAAUAAUAACAAGAGUAAGAAUGGUGAGGGCUAA